AUGUCCUCCAACCAAGCCUCAUUGGAUGCUGCUUCCAAUGACCGCAAAGCUCGUCUUGCCAAGCUCGCAGCUUUAAAGCGCAAAAAGCCCGAACCAGACACCUCAGACCUGGGCGCAGAUGCCUCAGAACCCUCCGAUAUUCCUUCAGAAACCAACAAAUUUUUAUCUGGGCGUAAUUACGAUGCCGAGACUCGCGGGCCAAAGCUGGGCUUUGAGCAAGGUCCACAAGAGGGCCAAGUGACUGUGGAAACCCAGGCCGCCCAGAUCGCCGAUGCUGUGAAAGAAAUUGCUCAGAAGGAAGAGGAAGCCGAUCAACCUAUUGAUCUAUUCAAAUUACAACCGAAGAAACCCAACUGGGACUUGCGGCGAGAUUUGGACGAGAAGCUCAAGACGCUGAAUGUGAGGACGGAGAAUGCUAUUGCCCGUCUUGUUCGUCAACGGAUAGAGAAUGCGCAGCGGGAAGCUAGGGAACGUGGAGCGAAGUCCAAUGGAGAGGAUGGAGAGGAAGUUGGUAUUGAGGGACAGAUGCUGGUGGAGGGGAUUCAUCUUCGCGAAAAAGAGGCUGAAGACGAAGACUGA